AUGAUUUUUCCACUAUUGCUCAUGUUAUUAUGUAAUAUUUUAAUUGGCGCGGAGGUUAGCAAUUUGAAUUUUUUCUGUAAUUCUUGAAAAUUACCAUUUUUUUGAAGAAAUGCGUUUCGAACGAGGAAUGUGAUGCAAAAUGGCCAGAAGCAGAAUGUAUUCGAUCAAGGUUUGUGAGAAAAUUAGAGAAAACUACUGUAGUUUAAAGGAACAUGUGAAACUACUCUAAAACUUGCCACGUGUCAUUUUUUCCAGAUGUCGUUGUCCAAUGAAUACAUUGCGCAAAAAGAGUGCGUCACGUGGAUUUGUGUGUCUCGCAACGAUGGAUGCAAGUAAGUCAAGUUUUUCCGCGCCGCAAGGUUUCUCCCGGGGGCUUUGGGGCUUAUUUCUGGCAUUCCAAAUUUUGCAGACGGUCUCUCAGGCGCUCCUCUGACGUGUCCAACUCCUGAAGGUGCUGGUUAUCAGACAAUAUACCGUGAUGAAAAUGGCGAAAUUCUCAAAUGUUCUUCGAAGAAAAAUGAUUGUCCAGAUGGUUAUGAGUGUAUUCAAGGAUUAUCGAUUUUGGGACAAUUGGAUGGGGUUUGCUGUCCAAAUCAAGGUACUGUACUAUUUUAAAGGAACAUGGGAUUUAAAAAUGAUUUUUUUAAUAUAUAAAAAAAGGCCAGAAAUCCAACACAUCAAUGGAAAUUAGAAUUUCUGGCAUCUCAAUUUUUUAUGUGAUAACGAACCUAUGUUUUACAAAAUAUUAAUGUGCAGACCGAAAAUAAAAAAUCCCAUUUUUCCAGCCAAAACCUGCUCUCAUCCAAUUUUCGAUCAUCCGGAUGAUGGAUUUUUAACCCGUUGGGGAUUCGACGGCGAGCAUUGCAUUGAAUUCAAAUGGAAUCCCGACCGUCCUUCUUCGGCAAACAAUUUCAAAACUCGCGCUCACUGCCAAGAUUACUGUAUUCCCUCGGCAACGAUAAAUAACUUAUCCAAUUAUACACCAUUUUUCAUAAGAAAACGAAAAUAA